AUGGCAGACAUCAAGCGUGAUGAGUCAGGCUCUCCUGUCAGCGAGCCUAUCCACAAGGAGGACAAGAUUGUUGGAGAAACAGAGACGGAAAACCAUUACUAUACCGUCUUUGCAUCCAAAGAUCAGGAAUGGCGGGCUGCGUUUGAGAAGAAAUUGAUGCGCAAAGUCGACCUUCGACUGGUUCCGUUACUGAUCAUCAUGUACCUCAACAACUUUAUCGACCGAGCGGCGUUGGGCCAGGCGCGGCUAGGGACUCUGGAGGCCGAUCUCAACAUGGACGGGACGGACUUCAACCUGGCCAUCUCCAUCCUGUUUGUGGGAUAUCUCACGAUGCAGCUGCCGUCCAACUUGCUGAUCACACGGAUCCGUCCUUCACUGUACCUUGGCAUUACAAUGAUGGUAUGGGGCGCGGUGUGUGCUUCGACUGCAGCAGUCCAGAAUCUGGCUGGCUUGAUUGCCGUGAGAAUCAUGCUAGGUGUCACUGAGGCUCCAUUCUUUCCUGGCGCCAUUUUCCUCAUGUCGAGUUGGUACACUCGACAGGAAUUGACCAAGAGAAUCGCUUGGUUCUAUGGUGGCGUUGCUUUGGCCAACAUGUUUGGAGGAUUGAUCGCAGCCGGCGUUUUGGGAAACAUGGAAGGCGCCAUGGGGAUUGCAGGCUGGAGAUGGUUGUUCAUCAUCAACGGCAGCAUCACCAUCUUCUUUGCAUUUGCUUGCAUUUUUGUUAUACCCAAUUUUCCUGCAACUACCAAAUGGUUGAAUGAAGAGGAACAGGCAUUUGCCCGAUGGCGACUUAAGUUGGAUGCGGAGGAGGAAGAUGACAAUACCUCCACCUCCCUUUGGCACGGACUGCUGCUCUGUCUGAAGGACUACCGUAUGUAUAUCUUCCUCCUCAUGCAGCAUCUGUCGAUCUUGUCUAUGACAUUUCAAUAUUUGUUCCCGUCCAUUGUUGGCACAUUGGGUUAUCCUCAUGUCCAGACGUUGUUGCUUACGGUUCCCGUUUGGACUGCGACAUGGAUUGCUGCCAUCUUUGUCACAUGGACUGCGGAUCGUACGGGAGACAGAAGCAUCCACAUCAUGUGCCUCUUGACUGUCUCAGCCGUUGGUAAUGCGAUUGUGGGAAGUACACUGAAUAUAGGAGCACGGUUUUUUGGCAUGUUCCUGAUGCCACUUGGGGCCGUGUCAGCUUACCAGAUCAUCGUCGCCUGGGUGGCCAACAGUUUCAUCCGUCCAAUGGUCAAGCGAUCCUCGGCCAUUGCCAUAUGCAAUGCUGUUGGAAAUUGUGCUUCUAUCUAUGGAACUUACAUGUAUCCAGCCUCGGAUGAGCCUCAGUACAUGCCCGGAAGCGCUGGAAAUGCGGGCGUGUGCAUCACGGUGGCAUUGCUGGCUCUGACCCUGCGUUUCGUCCACAAAUGGGAGAACAAGAAGUUGGAGAAGGCCGAACGAGAGGGCUACGUUGAGGAUGGCGUCCAGAGAGAUCGAAGAGCGUUCGGCUUUAGAUACAUUUACUAAGAACUCCAACUGGACUGGUCACACAGGACAAGAGAUAGAUGGGUGAUGUCGUUGAAGGGUGUUUCUGCUUUUUACCUAAGACUGACAGGUAAAACACAACCAUCAAACCAGAAAAACGAGAGCGUUAUCAUCUCAUGGGCUUUAGCGCCAGUGUCAAUUAUGGUUACUUGUAAUUGAAUGCAAAGGGGUAGCCUGCUUGCUUCAAACAACAGUCAUCCCUCUAUUCUCCGAC